GAUUAUUACCAGCUGCGUCGGCUCAUCACUAAUCGAAUAUUACAAAAAACACGCUGCCGGCAUUUAUUUUGAUAUUACGAAAUCGGUUGUAAGACGUAGGUAAUUAACAAUUAAACAGCAAAAUGAUCCAGCAACAGAGGCAGCGAAUUGAGGCCGCGGUGACGGAUAUGAUCGACGACAUGGACAAGACGCACCUGCGCAAAAUGCAAAACGAGAUGCAUUUGUGUGCGGCCAAGUGCUGCCAGGAUGGAACCUCCAGCGUGGACAGUGUCCAGAGAUGUGUGGAUCGAUGCUCCGCUCCCAUGACGAGGGCACAAAACUACGUCCAACACGAGUUGGGGGAGUUCCAGGGCAGACUUCAGCGUUGCGUCAUGCAAUGUAACGACGAUGUGAAGGUGAAAAUGCCGCCCAAUCCCAAUGAGGACCAGAUAGCCAAGUACACCGACCAGUUCGAGCGCUGUGCCAUCCAGUGCGUGGACAAGCAUGUGGGCCUUAUUCCCGGCAUGAUGAAGACCAUGAAAGCUGUGCUCUCCAAGGGACCCGAGAGCAUUCCCCAAGUUUAACUCAGCCUGCAUUUACUACCUAAUUAGUUGUUGAACUCGUUUAUUUUAAAUCCGUGCAAUGUAUCGCAUCCAUGGAGUUUUGCUUACACUUUUAAGAAUACAGAACAAAAAUUUACCUAUUAAUUGUUGAAAGUCUUAAGUAGCAAUCAACUGUUGUGCUAAGAAUCUUCGGAAAAAUGUCAAGUUUUGCCAUCAGUUAGAAAAAUAAACAUACCUUGUACACCGAAA